AUGUGUACACUUUCGACCACGGCACGAACUCAUCAAUUCCACAACCUUCAGUUGCCUCCAAAAUCUCCUUUCGACUACUGCCUUGCGGAGAACUCUGCAUUGAGCCAUGCCCUAACGACCCUUGCUGAAACGCUCACUCUUCGAUUCGCCGCUGGCGGCGCUUUCGUGAUCCUUUCAGACGGAAACACGCAGUAUGUCUUGGCUGGGUUUGUGGAAGAGCAUGGCAUCGUGCAAUUGCUGGGUCACAAUGAUGCCGACUUGAAAAUAUGGGCUCACCCCGACCAGCCUGUUGUGGUGCACGAUGCCAGUCGAAAUAAGUUUCUAAAGGACCUUUCUGCUGUCGCUGGCUCCCCAGGCCUACGGUUCUGUGCAGCUGUACCCAUCGUCUCGAAAGCGGAUAUUGCGAUCGGAUACGUCCUUGUCGGUGACACGCGUGAGCAUGGAGAAACUUCCGAUCGAGAACUCAAUCAGAUCUCUUCCGUUGCAAAGCAAUGCAUGAGUCAACUAGAACAAGACUAUGACUUGUGUCUGGAGAGGAGGUGGUCGAGAAUGGUUCAAGGUUUGAGCGCGUUUCUACAACGCCCACCAGCACUUGACCAGAUGCUGGAAGAACCGCCAAAUUAUAGCGAAGCGUAUCACCAGGUCAUCUCACAUCAUUUAGCAGAAGGCAAGAGCUCUGAGGAGGAACCAGAAGAACCAUCAGAAGACUCAGCAGCGUCGAGACCACAACAGUCAAAUGAAACCAGUUCACGCAAGCGAAAACAAAAACAAUCCGGGGAAGGCCAGGACGAGACACCGUACCGUCGAGUAUUCAGGCGCUCAGCUGAGUUCCUCCGCGAAGCUCUUGGCGCUGAUGGUGUGAUCUUCGCCGACGGGCUGAUAAGCUUCCAUGGUACUUUGCACCCUGCUGCAGAGCCCGAACAGGAACCUGAAAAAGAGAUGGCUGAAGCCAACCAGGACAAGGUUUCCGCAGCGGAUGCCGAGGACCUACAGGAGACUGCGUCCUCACGAAACUUCACAAGUGCCGAGUUCCGAAAGCACGUCCGGACGCACAAUCCGUCGGAGAUACUGGGCAUCGCCAUGCAAUCCGAGACUAUCAAGCCGGCAUUCCAAAACCUCUCACCGAGUACAUUAGGCCUUGAUCAUGUUGACGAAGGUUUCCUCCAAUAUUUGAUGGGUAAGUUUGUGGAUGGGCAAGUUUGGUUCUUUAGCGAUGGCCCCUAUUGCUGCCAGGGUCAUACCGUUGCAUCCGACGAUACCGAUGACACCAAGCGACUGUUGCAGGCUUUCCCGGGUAUCCGUCAACUGAUGUUUGCGCCUCUGAAAGAUCCUGUCGACAUCAAGAGACUUGCGGGAUGUUUUGUUUGGUCCACUCGCACACAGCCUAUAUUCGCCAACGACGAUCUUCCCUCGCUUGAUACCUUCUUACACACUGUCGAGGCAGAGAUAUCACGCAUUGAUACAAUAGCUGCACUGAAACAGAAAGAAUCGUUCAUGGCCUCGGUCAGCCAUGAACUGAGAUCACCGUUGCAUGGGAUUCUCGGAGCCGUGGAGUUUCUGGUCGAAAGUGGACUAGAUAAUUUUCAAGAGAGUCUGGCCGACACCAUACGUGCUUGCGGAACUAUCCUCCACGAAACUCUUAGCAGCGUCCUGUCUUUCACCAAGAUCAACCAGUUCGAGAGGAGACGGGACGACCCUCGACAAAACAUGCCCGGCAUGUCCCCAUGGUCUUUGGAGAACAAAGACUUGGCCAGACGUGAAGAUUCAGAAGGCAUGUUGGUUUGGACAAACAUUGCCGAGCUUUGCGAAGAGAUCGUCGAGGUGGUGGUUAGUGGAGAUCAAUCCGACCUUAAGAUUUCCCUCGAUAUUGCUUAUCGAGACUGGAACUUUUUGACAGAGCCAGGCGCGCUACGUCGGGUUAUGAUGAACGUGAUUGGAAAUGCGCUGAAGUACACUUCCAACGGAGGUGUGGAGAUCUCCUUACGUACCGAGAAAAACCAUGGCAACGAGGAGAAUAGUGCAGAAGUACACCCCGAUCAGAUCGUUGUCUUCACGGUCAAAGACUCAGGCCAGGGCAUGUCAAAGGCCUUCCUUGAAAAUCAUCUAUUUGUUCCCUUCUCGCAGGAGAAUUCGAUGUCCGAUGGUGUUGGGCUGGGAAUGUCAAUUGUCAAGAGCCUGGUCGCUCUCCUUGCCGGCGAGAUGCAAGUCGAGAGUCAUGUGGGGGAAGGCACGACAUUUGCAAUCAGCAUACCGAUGCGCGCAGCCCAUCACGAGGCUGUGCUGGAAAAGAAUACCGUUGCUCUGCGUGAUCGGACCUUGAAAGUUGUCAUGUCUUCUCCGGAUAUCGACCAUAUGCUCCGGCCUUAUUCUGAACAGUGGUUCGGCUGCAAGGUGGUGCCAUGGAACGAGGCAGAUGUGGCUUUCAUCUCGGCUGAAGAAUUGUCCGCUCGUAAAUACGAGGGUCCUAAGAUUGUUGCCGUUGGCAAGAGAACAGCAAAGUCGAAGCAGCAUAGCAAUACCACCAAUGUUAUAUCAGAGCCGAUUGGGCCUGUCAAGGUCUCCAAAGCCUUGCUCAGGUGCAUGAAAUCAGACGAGGGGAAAGUGAUGACUGACAUAUCUGCGGAUGCCCCCGUUGAGACAUCAGUCGAGGAUCCACCAGAUAUUUCUCCGCAGCAGAGGCUAGAGUGUCUCAGCAUUGGCAAUGAUCUAUCUGACCAGGGCUUAGAUGAUGCAAACGCUGUCCGCACUGCGUCGUCGCCAGGUGAGUUGAAUAGGAAGAUGUCAGAUGAAAAAUCAGAGCCAACACCAGGUCCAAAUGGCGCUACGUCUAGUGCGAAGGGGAAUACAUCGACACCUUACGCAAUAUCGACCAAUGUCGGCCCACCAAAGGAUAUUACCCCAGCCAUCUUGCUGGUGGAGGACAACUUGAUCAAUCUUCGCUUGUUGCAGACAUACAUGAAGAAGAGGGGCUACAAAGACAUUCACACAGCAAACAAUGGACUCGUUGCGGUGCAGGCGGUCGAAAAGCGAACCGACGGUUUCAGUAUUGUCGUUAUGGACAUCUCCAUGCCGGAAAUGGACGGGUUCGAGGCCACUCGUCGAAUUCGCGAAUUGGAGCGCCAGCAUGGUUUGCCACAAUCAUUGAUCAUUGCGCUCACUGGUUUGGCGAGAGCGGCAGAUCGGACGAAUGCGUACGAAGCCGGGGUCGAUCACUAUAUGACCAAACCAUUAAAGUUCCAGGAGCUGGGCUCGUUGCUUACAGAUUGGGAAGCAGAGAGAAAGUGAUUCGAGGUAGAAAUCAACCAAGUUAAUGUAUGGGCUGACAUGGGCCCCGUGUGACCGAUGCGCACGCAGUCCAGCGACGAACAUCCGUCUACAGUGUCGCAGUCUACGACCACCAUGACGUCGACAAUGUCGGUGCAAGCACAGAAUAAAACCUUCGUUCUAGCUGCAACUUCCAUCCGAAUGCACAAUCGAUUCGCACGGGCGAAAAUUUGUGGACCACGAGCCAGCAGAACUUGAAGCAAAGCUGUAUGACGAGUACAGCGAGGUGGUAGGCGGCC